UAUGUGUCCGUGUAUCAUGUGUGCAUGUGUGCGUGCGUGCGACUGUGUAUAACGCGGCGCAAAGUUUUCUCUCUCUCACGGAGAGCGAAUAGCCCAUGAUGAUGAUGAUCUAUACAUGUAUUUACGCAGCACUCGGUCGGGCUCGCUUGUGGUAGUUACAAUCAACGACAUCAUCAACAACAUCAACGCCAUCACCAAGAAGUCAUCGACGACGAGGCUCAACGACAAGUGUGCGUUCCAUAAACGUGUGUGUGCGAUCCUGAAUCAGUGAAUCUCGUGUUUGUGCAAAUACAACGUUUUGGUUGGUUUUUCGGCUUAGGUGCAGUGAGACGUCGUAGGUGCGGUUUUUGCAACAGUGUGCAACAGGAGGUGGAAUUACACAGUGGAGUGUGCGUUUCUCUCAUUCAACAGUGCGACAAAAAAAAAUUUGAAAAAAAAACUCAACGUGUGUCGUUAUGUGAGAAAACGAGCGAUUUCGAAAAUCAACCUCGUCUCUCUAGUGUGAUCUAAAGGGAGAGAGAGGCAAAAGAGAGCAUAAGGUUGUGGUGAUCAACGCCGAGGCUCUCUUUCUCCGCAGGAUUGCUUGUGUGUGUCGUGUUUCGAGGCUGUGUGUGUAUAAGCAAGUGCCGCCAAACACGAUUGCACAAGAUCCGAUCCCAAAUGAAGAGUUCGGAGCAAAAUGGUUAGAGAGACACGUCACCUGUGGGUCGGAAAUCUGCCGGAAAACAUCCGAGAGGAACGAAUAAGAGAACACUUCAAAAGAUAUGGACGUGUACAGAGCGUCAAGUUGCUGCCUCGGGGCGAGGAGUGCCCCGUGGACGGCGCAGGUUCCGGCGGCUCGCUCGGCGAGGGCAGCGAAAGCGGCUCCGGCAGCGGUAGCGGCUCCCAAGGCUCGGGCGCAUCGGCGACGGUUGCCUUCAUGGACAUCAAGUCGGCGGCUAAGGCACACGCGACAGAGCACACCCUCGACGAGAGAGCCCUCACAACUCAGUACUACGAGCCACAACACAUUCAACACAGGUUUCCCACUCACGGAAGAGAGAGGGAGCGUGAACGGGAGCGCGAAAGGGAGCGCGACCGAGAACGAGAGCGGGAGCGCGAAAGGGAGCGCGAGCGCGAGAGGGAGCGCGGCUUCGAGACGUCUGUGACGGUGGGCACCGCCAGCGGUCGCUUCGGCCGCUAUGACACACCGCCCCGAGCCAGGACGUCGAGCUACAGUCGAGCGCCGGGCGGAGGAGGUGCCGCGGCCGCCAGUCCCGGCCACCCGGCCGCCAUGGCGCGCAGCGCGCGUCGCGCCUACCAGGCCGACCCCUACUACGAGCCCGACUACGCGGACUCGAGGGUGCGCUUCAGGCCCUACGACGAGUACGGGCCCAGCGGCGUGCCCGUGGGCCACGACGACUACGAGCCGACGGGUCCCGCGUCCACGGCCAACGGACCCGACGACGAGAUGCUCGGCCCGAUGCUGCCGUCCAGCUCGUCGUCCGUUUCGUCGUCGCGCGCUCGCCACGCCGCUCUGCUGCCCGAGCACGCGGCCAAUCCGGGCUCCCUGCUGCCCCCGCCGCCAGACCUGCGCCAUCUACAGAAGGAGCGCGUCCAUCUGCUGGAACAGCUCGAGGAGUGCGGCCACAGCAGUAGCGGCGACGAGCUCGGCCUCGGACCGCUGCAGCCCGCCAGAAAGCGGCCCAAGCUCCACGAGUCCGUCUCGGUGCCGCAUCAGCCGCUUCACAUACCGGACGACGACGAGCCAGAAAUGGCCUCGCUGCUCGUCACUUCGCACGCCGGCCGCAAAGGCCUCGAGGUACGUCGGGUCAGCGAUUCGUCCAGCAAAAUGCACGUCGCACCCCUGCACCACUCGUCGCGACGAUCCAGCUGCUCGGGACCCCAAGUGCCCGGCGGCAGUGGCAGUGGCAGCAAACGACGCAGAGAUCAGCAGAGCGGCCGCUUCGGACAGCCAUCCGGAGCUCAUCAUCACGCGGCCCAUCACAGCAGGCAUCACUCCCUCGACGAGAUGGAGCCUCCGCUGAUCGGUGAGCCGCACGAGCACCACCACGAGGCUGCCGUAGGCUCCAGGCCCGGUACGCCCCUUGUCGACGAGAGGCCGGAGAACAUCGUCCCCACGGAGCCACGUCGUUUCCGAGAGCGAAGUCAGGACGGACCCCUGUCCCUUCCGUUGCCGAGGUUCGCCACUCAGAUGCUACAGGCCAAUAAUCGUGCCGGAGGCCCGAAAAUCGGCUCUCCGCCCUACUCUGAGCGAAGUCAGGCAUCGGUGCCGCCAGUCGCCAGUCCACGAGCUACAGUCCAACCUCCAGCCUCGCCGCCUCGCAACUGCAGUAAUCAACAGCAGCCGCCUUUACCUCCGACCUUGCCCUCGUCCACGAGGUCCGAGCUAAGGGAGUGCGGCUCGACCUUAGGACCGCCGACGAUCGAUGCACGCUCGAGUCCCAGCCCCAUGAGCUCCGACAGUGAGAUGAUGCCGCCUUCGCCUAGUCUUGAGGAACGAAUCAAAUCUCUCGACGAAAAGUAUGAAAAAUGGUCGGGUUCUCGUACCAUCAGUGCUCAGAGCAGCGACGCAAACGUCAAACUCGACUCCAAAGCACCCGAGCGCUUCCGAUUCAAACACAAGCUCUUCGAUCUGGAUAAUCUACACGAAGUGCAGCCUUCGGACAUCGUCAAGUCGGUGCUAUCGAAGCGGAGUGUUUUCGACGAAGACUCGAAGCGCUUGGAAAAUCUCAAUGAGAAGUACGAGCCAAAAGAGUUUACAGGCGUGCCCGUCGCCGCGAGCCUGGUGGCCAAAAGCAGCGCUGCCGCGGCCGUUAGCCAGGCAGGUGGCAAGCUCGGCCUACAGUAUCCCUUUCCUAGUCAUCCGCCGCCGCCGGCAGCGCCCGUUACGCCGACCGGCCUCACACCCAAAACAGCAAGUCCCGAGUUACCGCCGGUGUCGUUCCCGCCUGCUACCGCCGUGCUCGCCGCUUCUACAAGCCGUUCUAUCAACGUCAACGCCCUCGGAGCCAGUCCCGCGUCCAUUAGCAGUGCCGCCUCUUCGCCGACAACGACCGACGAUCAUCAGGUCCGCGUCAAGCAUAGACGCGACAGCUACAAAGACAGCAGAGACUCCUCCAAACACAACUCCAGCAAGUCCGCCAAAGAUUCGCCACACUCGUCGACGAGUUGCUCAAACUCUCCUCUCUCUACGUUCCCUUCGUCGCGACGCUCGCGUAAAGAAGAAGAUGCCAGUAAAGAGCGAUCAAUACCUGGUACGCCUGACGUCGAUGCUAUGGAUCACAAACAAGACUACAGAAAUAGUAGUAAGGAUAGUCACAGUACAGAUAGACGCGAAAAAGUCGAACGCGAAGAGAGAGAAAGAAAAGAACGUGAAGAACGAGACAGACUCGAAAGAGAACAUCAAGAGAAAGUCGAGAGGGAGCAGCGCGAAAAGCUCGAACGGGAACAGCGAGAAAGGCACGAAAAGCUGGAGAAAGAGCGCGAAGAACGUGAACGCAAGGAGCGUGAACAGCGCGAGCAGCAGCGCGAAGAACAACUUCAGCGUGAACGUAAAGAGCGUGAACAACGCGAGCGGCUUGAACAGGAACAGCAGCAGCGUGAACGUAAGGAGCGUGAACAGGAACAACACCAGCGUGAACGUAAGGAGCGUGAACAACGCGAGCAGCGUGAACAGGAACAACACCAGCGAGAAAAACGAGAGAAAGAGCGUCUCGAAAAAGAACGUUUGGAUAAAGAGAGACACGAGAAAGAACGCCUCGAAAAAGAGCGACAAGAACGCAAGGAAAGAGAAGAACGAGAAAGACGCGAACGUGAGGAGCGCGAUCGCAAAGAUCGCGAAGAACGCGAACGCAAGGAAAAAUUGGAAAAAGAUCGACUGCGUAAAGAGCGCGAAGAUCAAGAGCGCAGGGACAAAGAGGAGCGCGAAAAACGUCGAGAAGAAAAGGAGCGCGUCGAGCGCGAAAGAAAACGCGAACGAGAUGAACGUGAGCGUCUUGAGCGCGAAAGGCGGAAGGAGCGAGAAGACAAGGAGAGGCGCGACCGAGAUGACAAAGAGCGCCUUGAGAAAGAUAAGCACGACCGAGACAAGAGACGAGAUCGCGAGGAAAGCGAGAGGCGAGACAAAGAAAAGGCCGAACGCGACAAAAGGCGAGAUCGUGAGGAAAAAGACCGCGACAAGAGCGAAAAAGACAAGGAACGUGAAAAGGAUAAACGCGAGCGUGACGACAGCAGAAGAAACGUCGUGGAAAAUCAUUUGCAACUUUCUAAUUGCCAAGUCAACUCGACGCAUCCUGCGCCUGUGUCGAACAAACGUCGAGGUUCGCACGACAUUUCCUCAAGCAACGACGAGCCCAAAGAAUCCAAGCGCCCAAGGCUCUCCUCCGAACAUCGUAGGGAUAGCAAGGACAAGUCCAAGCCCAAUCGUCACUCAGAGGACAGGAAGCAUCGCAGUGAGUCUCAUAAAUCCAGUCGAGAGAUCCGAGAUAAUCGCGAUAUCAGGGAUAAUCGUGAUGGCGUCAAAGACUCCAUAUCUCCUCAAGAUAGUCGAGACUCGCAUCCCGAGCUUCUACGGGAGUCGAGCAAAGAAGGAAAAGAAAACAACAAUCGAGACGUCCUCAGCAAAGAAAAACAACGUAGCAAGAAAAAUCGGUCCGAUAGGCCACGAGAAAUCGAGACUUUGGACGUAUCGAAACUGUUCUUCUACGGAAAUACGGAUGAACCAGAAUUCAUCAAAAGACUGGAAUAUUCCAAGAAGAUGGAGGCGUCCCUACCAAACGAACAUUCCUCGAGUGUGCCGCAUAAUCACGUUAAAGAAAUUCAUCAGCAACAAAUGAUUCAGCAACAUCAACAACAUUUGCACAUUCAUCAAAUGCAUUACAAAGAGUUGCACAGCGAUGCAGACGAGGGGGGCCUUUCAACGCAUGAAUCGCCUCGCAGGCCAGACACUGACAGCGAUGAACCAAAGAAACACUCAAUAUUCGAUGUCAUUGUUGACGAGCCUGCAUACAUUAGUAUGUACGAUAAGGUCAAAGCUCGGUCGACGAAAAAUAUGCAGAAGCUUGAGGAGGAAAAACGACAGGUUCGGUUGAAGGACAAAUUUUCGCAGUUGAAGCAGAGCAGGGCUCGGCGAGAAGAAAAGAAACAAAGUACAUCGUGGGAUGGGGACUCAGUAAGUAGUAAAGCACUCACCGAAGAUGAAGUGACUUCCGAAUCCGAUUCCACGAGAACUAAAUCUUUGUCGCGGAAAGGCUCGAGAUCGCGAAUACACAGCGAUACGAGCGAAGAUGAAUCCUUCAAUGCCAAGCUCAACAGUAUCAAACGUGAACAUUUCAACGAGAAUGAAGUCGACUUGGGCUUUGCCGACACCGAAGAGAAACAUCCUCGUGACAACAAGAAUAACUUACUUAUAAAUAACGUUAGAAUCAAGGAAGAAGUAAGAACGUCCGAGGAUGAGGAAAAGCUUUAUCACUCGUUACUUGCCGGUAGGCAGAUGCCUCUAAACAAUCUCGAUCGCGAUUCGCGUAAGAAAUCUCACAAGAAGAAGCAAAAGCGACAGAAAAAUUCGAUUUCGUCGAGUGAAGAGGGAGGCGUCGUGAAAAGUGAGCCCGUCGAGAAUCACGAUUAUAAGUACUCGAAUGCGCAUUCCAAUCACAUCGACAGUGCGGGUGAUAAUAACGACUCGCUCCCAAAUUUGUACAACUCAAUGCUCACCUCGACACACAGUGAGAGUGAGGAACAGCGUCCGUCCAAAGAAAAAGAAAAGAAACUGCGCAGCAAGAAAGACAAACACCGCGAUCGGGAGCUGUCCGAGAGCAAAAUGAAGGCUCGUAAAAAGCGUUUGAAUCGUCAAGAUACUCGGGAAAGUCAACGAAUGGAGGACAUCUUUGGGCCUUUGUCCGACGACGUCGAUGAAUCGAUUGAAAGUAGCGUCUUCAAUCGACUCAGCAAUUCAAAGGCUAGUAGUAGUUCACCACACGAAAAUCAUCAAGCCGGUUAUCACUCUGAUGACGAAGGUUUACAAAGCCCUCCACGCGUCGACCAGGAGCGGAUACGACGAAAAUCAGAGAAGAAAAGACGCCACGCGCCGUCUCGGCCCGAAGAACAACCGAUCGAGACGAGUCGAGAAAUCGAGGCAAAGCUCUUUGGACAACUCAGUAGCUCUCCGAAAUCUAGUACAGAGCAGGACGUCUUCCGCUUCACCGACUGCGAUAAUGACAGCCACGAGCCGUCUACACCCACGCCCGCUCAGUCGGACAAGCUCAAAGAGAAAAAGAAGAAGCGCAAGAAGUCAAAGGACGAGCGCUCGCACAACAAGGACUAUCACCAUCAUCACCAUCACCAUCAUCAUCACCAGUCGCAGAGCGAAAAGUCAAGCGCUGCUGGCAGCAGUAUGCCCUAUCUUGGUCCAAGCGAGACAAGUCCGCCAAGAGCCAGUAGUCCGAUGGCGGCUACUAAGCCGAUGUCGCCCAAUUUGCCUAGAUUACCGACUUGUCUGGCUUCGCCUAAAGAGGGUAUGCCAAGUCCCAUUAAAAAGACAGCCUCGAACGAGUCUAUCGCUGACAUCGAAUCCGCCAAGUCCGACAAAAAGAAAGUUGACACUAUCAUUCCCGGUUUUGGCUUAGAAGUCGAUGAAAGCAUCCACGAAAGUGCCGUUAAAAGCAUUUCCGAGCCAGACGAGCGUGAAAGUCUCAACUCUAGUCGAGAUGAACAAGAGCUACCCGAUGAACCAGCGCCGGCGCCUCAACCAGACGAUAACAAACCGCGAGCUAUCAUCUCGAUGGAAGAAACGGCUGAUGCUGUUGCCGCCUUGCUUGAGGAAACUUUUGGAUCGAACGAAGACUACGAAGGCUUCGAAGACGUCAUGUCCGAAGAAUCAUCUGCAGUUGCCACGACAACAACCGCUUCUGCUGUAGCAACACCUUCAACACCUCCUGCAGUUACGGUAGCGGCUUCGCAGCCAGAGCCAGUCCCGUACAGCGAUGAAACGCAAAAGGCCGUCGACAGUCUGAGCGCUGAUAUAGAUCUGAAACCCGACACACCUCAAAGUGAAAAUGAUCUUCAAAUUGACACAGAUAAUGAAGACGAUAUGGAACCAGAGCCAGUGGAAAGUCCAUCGGUGUAUAAAUCGCCUCUGAAAACACCCAUACCAGGUCUUGAAAAGAGCUUGGAAAGUCCAUCUCUAGCAUCUUCUCCAGGACCAGUUGUUGCAGCGCACUCUUGGAGUUUGACGGAGCCAAAGGCCGAUCGAGAACAAGCUAAGGUACCGCGCGCCGAUGCCGCAGAACCAAGCGCCUGUGCGUCGGAGCCGGAAGCGCCCAAGAGUCUACCCGCACCACAGCAGACUUCUCAAGCUACAAUGCCACAAGCCAUCUGCGAACCAAACAAAGUCGUACCGAUUUACCAACGAUUACCUAUAGUAGUGCAGAGCCAAGUGCCGACCAGUCGACAUGCUACACCUCGAACACAUGCGACCACGAAUCCGUUGGCAGCCGUUGGCAAUGCAGUAAGUGGAUUGGCUCGAAUAUCUCAGCCCCCGUCACCCAGCACUCAGUGGCCGCCGCGAACAACAAGCGCUAGUAUGCGCAUACCAGUGAGUGUACCUCUGUCAGGCAGUUCUCAUCGACCAGAGAAUAUUUACUCUACGGCCAGUAGCCACUUACAGCAGCAGCAGCAACCGGUAAUUCAACAUGCUCCUGGCAUGAGAGCUGCAGCGCCAAAUUAUCCACGAGGUGGCUUGCCACCGUUGUCGCUGAGCGUUGCUCCCACGAAGCCCUACAAUCCUGUGAGCUCGCAACCAUCUUCUGCUAAAUCAGUCAUUGAAACUUUGAUUGCAGCGAGUGCAAAUGACCCAGCGCCUCGUAUGGACGAUGAACCUAAGCUUCCUGAAGCCGGCGGAAAGGUUUCGACGUCGCCCAAGGUGCCGUCGCCCAAUCAGCCACCAACAUACAUUCCGGAAACGGCCAAAGUCGAUACUGCUUUCAACUUAAAGAACAACAAUACAGCGAUUCUGGAUGUUCGACAAAAGCAGGAGAUCGAGCGUUUGAAUAUGUUGACAAAUACCCAUCUGACUCAUACAACGGUUCAGAGUCCUGUCAUCGUCGCUCAUGGGCAAUCGUAUGUCGCGCAUCCACUUCUUACUGGACACUCUAUGAUUCAGACGCCUAAGACGAGCCUGCCUCAUCUGAAGGCUGAGACUGAUUUAAUUAAGAGUGAACCCGAGAUUGCGAAGAUAGAAGCAUUAAAGGCACCAGUUAAUGAAAUUUCCAAUAAUGUACCAAUAAAAUCAGAAGAUCUUAAAUCUCCUAUAGUCGAUGCUAUUAAAUCAGAGCCAGAACCAAUACAGCAAACUCCAAAUAUUGCUGAAAUGAAACAAGAGGUAAAACAAAAGCCUGAACCAGAACUCAUGGAAGUGGUUGCUACUGUGAAAACCGAUGAGCCACCUACUGCUGUGAAAGAAGAACCUACAGAUAGUAAAGAGGACAGUGAUUAUUGGUCAGCUAAAGAAGUGAACAUUGAAAGCGUGAUAAAGAAGGUGGAUGCAUUAUGUGACUCGGAAAGUAACGAGGCUAACGACAUCCCGGAUCAUAACGAGAUUGAACACGAUGAAGAGCUCGAUCACGACGUCGAAUCUCACGAGAAUAAUAAGAGCGAUGCAGAUUCCUGGCAUGAGUCUGAAUCGAUCGAAGACGAGUCUAAGCGUGGUGACAACGCUUUGCACGAUGACGAUCAUGACGAAGGAGUCGAUGCUAGUUUCGACGGAGAAUCCGUACGUGGUCGUCGUGGACGUUCUAAAAACAGGCGUGGAGUAACUGUGCCAGCGCGUGGAGCUGGAGUUACAACAAGACGUGGUGGUCGUCAGCAACAGCAACCACAACCACAACCGCAGCCGCAGUCACAGCCACAGCCGCAACAACAACCUCAUCAACAACAGCAAGUUAAUGUCGCCAAUGCCUUGCCUGCAACUCCAAGUCGCAGAGGAUCAGGUCGUGGUGCAAAAUCUAGUAGGCUGAAUGCUGAAAAGAAUAAGCUGCCGGCUGACGUCUACGAAUUCCACGAUGACAGCGAGGAAGAUAACGGUGGACGUCCGCGUCUGAUACUGACUAUAAAAUCACCUGGCCCGAGUCCGGUGGCAGUUGUUAAAGAAACCACAACUACGGAAGAGUUCGUUGCUCCCAGCCCAACUCUGCCACCGGUCGUGGUUGCUAGUACCAGCAUCCCAACGCCACCAGCUGUCACGGUCGUUUGCAGCACCGUCAGCAGUAACAGCAGCCACAAUGCCACAUCGCCUAUCACAACGACCGUGGAUACGACAGCGUCCAUUACUCCAAUUACGUCACCGGUUGUUGUUAGUCCAGUCUCCAGUGUAGUAUCUGGCAAUCCACGCAAAUCUCGUCGUUUGGCCGAAAAAGAUAUCAAUCGUUCGACUAUCGAUGACGUUAUCGAAGACGUCGUACGUGGUGGAGUCAACAAAAACGCCGCAGUUGUAGCUGCUACUCGUAGAACCACUCGACAGAGCGUGGCCCCGCCAGCAAAAGUAUUGGUUCAGCCGCAAAUUCAGCAGCCACAACAUCAGCAGCCGCAGCAGCUUCCAGUACCGGAAACACGCAAGUCCACGAGAGUCGGCAAGAAAGUGGCUGCUGUCAAAGGCGCCAUUGACGUUACUGAUGACGAGUCCAAGUCCAAGAUCGAUUCGCCCAUUGCUUCAGAAGAGCAGCAAUUACCACCAGCCAAGAACGAAGAACUCGUUACAAAUAAGGUUGAAGCAUCGGGUGCACCUCAUGAGCCAGUUAGCUUGAUCGAUCCAGUCACCGGUGAGCUCAUACCCGUUAGGGAAUCAAAAGAAGGACAGUACAUUCCGGUAUCGGCGGCCAAUGCUCGAUUAGCUGCCAUGGCAAAACCGACUGCAGAGCUUGAAGCUCCGAAGAUUCCGCAGACAUCUGUGUCUGUGAUCGCUCAGUCAACGACACCUGCAGCCACUACUUCGCCCAGCAUAUCUAUAACUCCUCAGAUAACUAGCAACAAACCUACGAGCUUGAAAGCUCACGUGCUCAAUGCCAGUAAAUUGGCGAGUCAGCAGGCCGCUGCCGCCGCUGCUGCAAGUGCAACUGCUCCUGCUGUUCCUGCUCCUGUAGUUGCUUCUGUUCCACCGGUGCAUCCGUCGGUUAAGAGCAUCAUUGGUAGAGUCGCUUCGCCUAGUAUUGAUCAUCCAUCUAAUGGCAAGCCUAUGUCACCAGUUCUUAAUAUGACCAAUGGUCCACCCAAUCCGAAGCAGCAUCUUCUGCAAGCUGUUAAACAGCAACAACAACAGCAACAGCAACAGCAGCAACAGCAGCAACAGCAGCAACAGCAGCAACAGCCCGCUCUUGCUAAUAUGUCGAGAGUACAACCACCGAUACAGUCGCCAGUUCUUAAACCGAUCAAUGGCCAUCCGAUCACUCCAAAAGCUCAUCUGCUGCAAGCCGUAGCUGUUAGUACAGCACCGCCACCCACACACCACAUACCAACACAAACUAUGGUUUCUGCUGUCUCAUGUGGCGUCAGAACUACUCCUCUUCAAUCGACUUCUGCUGGAUCUCACGAGGCACCAAAAGUUGAAGUCUCUUUAUCAGGCUGCAUCAUGGUCCCUUCACCAAGCGUUCAAAACCGAGUUGUUCCGAUUAAUCCAUACGAGUCAUUGCAUGGAAGCGUUGGUGCAGGCUUAUCGCCAGGAGGUCAGUUCGGACUAGGUGGUCCACACCGACCUCAGAGCCCCAUGAUCCCGCCACCGGCUCAUCAUCACGUGAAUGCUCCUCAGGCCGACGUUAUCAGCGGUUAUAGUGGACUGGCGCGGGCAAAUGAACUGGCAGCCCAUUAUAUGCAUCCACAAAUUUUACAGUAUCAAUACCUGCGAGCUCAUCCAUCAUUCCACGUAGCUCCGUCUGGUAGUCGAUCGCCUCAUCUACCGCUUGAUCCGAAAGCCCUGGAAGCGGGCCAACGUCUUAUUGAGGAUUCUCAAAGUCCACCUCUUGAGCUGCGCCGAAGCACUCGAACGCCUCAAGAACGCAUGACAGACAGUCCUCAGAUAGCUCAAGUCUACAUGAUGCCUCACGGGCCGAGCCGGCUCGCGCCGCCGCCUACUAGUCCGUUUGCGACAACACUCCAAGCAAUGCAAAGGGCUUAUUACGAGCCACCACCACCAGCUCAUUUACGCCCGCCUUAUCCACCAUUGGCACAAAAUGAGACUCCUCUUGAACGCGUAAUGACACCCGAUCAGCAUCUCAAAUUGGCUAACAUCGGCACUCCACCGCCACCGAUUGGUUUGCCCAGUCAGCCAAGUCCAACCGGAGAUUCUUUAUUGAUGUUGCUACAGCAUUACCCUGUCAUGUGGCAAGGUUUGUUAACUCUCAAAAACGACCAAGCAGCAGUUCAGAUGCAUUUUGUUUAUGGCAAUCCAAACAUCGCUCGAGAAAGUUUACCUUGCAAUGCUGAUGGAUCAACAUCUCCUCUAAGAAUAGUUCAACGAAUGCGUUUGGAACCCAAUCAAGUAGAAGGUGUAGCUAGAAAAAUGGAGAUCGACAAUGAGCACUGUGUCAUGCUAGCUCUGCCAUGCGGUAGAGAUCACCUGGACGUACUACAACAAAGUAAGAAUGUACAAACUGGUUUUAUUACCUAUCUUCAACAAAAACAGGCUGCAGGAAUCGUCAACAUUGCUGCACCCGGCUCUCAAACGCCUGCUUUUGUAGUGCACAUCUUUCCAUCUUGUGACUUUACCACUGAGAGUCUAUCAAGAAUUGCACCUGAAUUACUGCGCAGGGUUUCGGACAUUGCUCACAUGAUUAUCGUCAUUGCUGCGGUGUGAAGAUAUCAAUCCGAUUCCGAGCAACUUGUCUGACAAUCAAAAUAUCAAUCUGAAUUCUAAUAACUCUCUUUGAUGCAACCGGUCGGCGGAGUUAAAGGCAGCGCGCAACGGUGAUACGAUGUAAGUGAAGGAGUUAGCGAGGUGCCAGGACGUCUAAUUUCGCGUGCUCCUCCGCUCUCGGUCUUGAACGGCUGAUAUGACAUCAACUGACAGCGCUUGUAGGAGUGACCGACUUGGACUCUCUUGGUCCCUCCGACAAACGGGUCAAGCGUAGCUCUUCAUCAUCGAUAAACUCCGCUCGUCCAACAUGUAUACGACUUAUUGAUACUCGAUUAAUUGUGUGUCUAUAAACUAGUGAAUAUGAGAAAAAAUCCCAACUUAACGUUCAACGUUCAACACCACAAGCGCUAAUUAUUGAACUGAAGCGCUCAAAACAUACUUUAUAAUGAAGUGAACUCUAUGAAAAAAUCUGUCGAUGAACCUUUAUGCGAUCGACGAAACUUGUAAUAAAAUUACGAACUUUUCCCGUCUCUAAUUGAACUGAAUUGAAGAAAUAGGCGUUAUAAAAAUGAAAAAAAGAAACUUUAAUAUAAAUUUAAGAGCCUGCGAAGGCAUAACUACUGUGAUUUUAAUUAUUUAACGAUAAAUGUAUAUCUAUCAGCAUAAAAAACACAGAAAAUUCAUGAAAGAAAUCGCGAUUGUUUUAGUAUAAGCGAUUCAAACGUACGCGUUAUGUGAUGUCUUACUGUAUAAUAUUGCUCUAUAUAAAUACCUAUGUAUUAUAUUUCUUGUAAAAGGUUAGUUAUUGCUGCUGCCGCGCUAUCGUCAAUGGCGAUGCCGAUGCAAUCCGAGUUUAGACGUAAAAAAGACAUAUAUAUAAAUGUAUAUAUAAAGAACAUAUAUACAUGUAUAUGUAUCAUAUAUAUUAUACAUACACACUAUCGGACGAUAAUUAUACGCGAAAGAUAAAUUUAAACUAAGUUUAAAUAUUAAAAAUUAAGAAAUAACGUACAUGCGUUUAAGUCUUUUCGAAUGAGAAAGAUGAAUAUGAACAGUUAAAGUAUAAAAAUACUAUCGAAGUAGCAUUAUUAAUCCCUCGAAUGUAUCAUAAAAAUUCCCUAUUAUGAAGAUGUAAUAUAUAGAUCGGUAUAUGAAUUACCGCAUAAAUACGCAUACCCUUAUGUAUAUUUACGACGUAAGAAAUUUAUAUACGAUGCAUAAUUACUCUUGUAA